CUAAGGUAGGCGCAGGACUAAGCUACAAUUUUGUUCAGCUGCGGAAGGCGCGCAGAAUUAACAUUAAUUUUGCGCGGUCCUGUAGCUGAAGAGGCAAUCGUGCGCAAAAUUAACGCGAGAGGGGUACGCACUUUCUGUGAGCGCAGUCACCACAUUGCAAUUGACGGAGAUUCCGGGAUUGUCAUUGGAAAGCCGCUAUCGUUUCACAUUUUUCAAUUCCUUACAUCGAUAUCGUUCCACUCUGAUUAGUCAAACGACAGCACUUUGAAAAUGAGCAGGAAGAUGGCUACACUUAGCGACUUGAAAAAAGGGGAACAUGAUAGCGGGGAAGAAUCAGACGGUGGUGGAGAACGACAGGGUUUCUACGUCGGUGGUUCGGAGCACAGCGGUCAGCAAGUUCUGGGACCUGAUCGCCCUCAUCGUGACAAUGCAAACGUGGUAGAGCGCGUCUUCGAUGCUGCUCGUCAGCAUGGAGCCGAAACGUUGAGUGGAAGUGGCGCAUCGCCGCAAACUCAUUCACGUACUCGUCGCACUGGUGUGCGCCUAGGUGACUCUGUCACUCCAGCCGUGGACGGAUCGAGUAGUGGAGAAAGCGACGCAAAUGAUGAUGAAGAGGUUGUUGUUGAAUUGUUUAUGUGGGAGAACGGGUUUUCUAUCGACGACGGACCACUGCGUACAUUUGAUGAGCCUGAGAGUCGACAGUUCCUCGAAAGCAUCAUGCAGGGGCGUGUGCCUCCAGAACUGCUAGCAGCACAUCCUCGCCGUCGCAUCGACUUACGAAUGCAAAGGAGAGCUGGGCCGUACGAACCACCGAAAUUGAAACCUUUCCAGGGAGCCGGUGUACGUCUUGGCGCAGUUGUUCCUCAAGUUGUGUCGUCUUCUUCCAAUCCACCCUCUUCCAAUCCACCCUCGUCUUCUGCAACUAAGGACAGUACCGACAACGUUGCAAAGGCGCAAGCAGAAGUUAACGUGGAUAAUAAUUCUCCCAUAACUCAGAUACAAAUUCGACUGCCUAAUGGUCAGAGAGUGAGUGGGAAAUUCAAUCACGCCCAUACUGUGUCUGCAAUUAGGACCUUCCUCGUCACAGCUUACCCUGACAUGGCUUUUACCGCUUUCCAGCUCAUGACCACUUUCCCAAAUAAGGUCAUUGAUGACGAGUCUGUGGGUCUCAAAGAUGCCGGUCUUCUCAACUCUGUUGUGGUCGUCAAGCUGUGCACAUGAAUUAUCAAUUUGUUUGGAGUCACAAGCUACUCAAAAACUUCACAGUUUCUACGUUUGAUUCUCGUUCAAAGGAACGGCAUCAUGAGUUAUUUGACGUGUAAGACUACCAACGGAUUUGAAUGGUACUGGGCUGUAAAUAUUGUAAGCAAUAAAGCUUUCGAUAAAGACU